AUGGUCACAGGGAUCGGAGAACCCUUAUACUUGGAUAGAGCUACAGUCAACAAGGAAAAUCUCAGUUUAGCUCGGGUCUACACGGAAGUACAGCUCCAUAAUCCCUUACCCACACGACUAGUUGUUCACCUUCCUGAUGGAGUAGAGCAUAUUAUCGAAGUCGCAUAUGAUUGGUUACUACCCACCUGUAGCUUCUGCAAAGAGCUUCCCCCGCCCAAUCCAAUCUGCAAAGUGUGCCAGCCAGUGGCUAGUCAGUCGUCGCUUGAUCGAAAGAUUGUCCAUCCACACUCGGCCAUGAGCCGUGAAAUACAGCAGGAUCAGAUACCCCAAUCCAUCGUUGUAGCUUCAGAGCAACCUACGGCAGAUCUUCCCCCUUCUCCUCCACAAGGCCAAGUAAUAGCCCCUAUGUUACAGAAUGGUUCGGAGCAGCUGGCUCAAGGAAACGAAGAGGUUGACACAUCUAAGAGUCCAGUUAAACCUCAGCAACUGGAUGUUAAUCCCACAACACUUGAAGAUCGGAAACAACCAUCUCCGGGUUUAGAGGCCAAAAGGGCUAGCCUAGGAAUCGUUCAGCCUAGCUACAAUAGUCAGCAGAAGAGCAGUUCAGGGCCAAGUGGUUCGAAACAGAAGGGUAAAGGCCGUGGUCAAAAGGCCGCGAGAGGAGGCCUAUUGGAAACACAUAUCCUCGCAGGGAACUCAGAAAGAAUUAAGGGUGCGUUACCAUCGUCAUGGCGAGCUAUAUGCAACUAUGAUGAAGAUCAACAAGGAAGAAUUUGGUUAGUCUGGGACCCUUCUCUCCUAGUCACCGUCUACACCAUGUCCAAGCAAGCAAUAACCUGUACUAUCUGCUCUCCGGAUUGCUCUCUGGCAAUCUCUGCCACAUUUGUGUAUGCUAGUAAUCAGUCUUCUGUUAGACAAGAACUCUGGCAAGAAAUCCGACAGCUAUCCGUCUACCCUCCUCUGGCUGCAUCUCCUUGGUUAAUUGUGGACGAUUUUAACCAACCGUUAUAUGCGACUGACCGAUCUGAUUGUGUUACCCCAGUCUCGCAGAGCCAGGGGAGGCAAGAGUUGGCUGACUGUAUUGAAUCUGUUUGUUUAGCAUACCUUCCAAGCUUCGGAAUGCGUUUUACUUGGUGCAAUAACCAAUCGGCUAACCCUCUAUCGGUGAAACUCGAUAGAGCCUUAUGCAAUGGCAUUUGGAUGGACCAGCAUAUGACCUCAUACGCCGAGUUUCUUCCCCAGGGACCUUCGGACCAUGCCCCUUGUAUUAUCAGAUUCCCAGACCUCCCGACAAAGGUACGGAGACCCUACAAAUUCCAGCACCAUCUCACGUUGGUUCCAGAAUUUCUGCAGGUUGUUAGUGACUGUUGGAAUACAUCUUUAUGGCAUGGGAAUGACCAAUUCAAGCUUUGUAAAGCAUUGAAAAUGAUCAAGGAGCCUCUCCGGCAAUUGAACAUGUGUCGAUUUAGUAACCUAUCAAAGCGAGUAGCUGCAGAGGAGGUCAAGCUUAAACUGGUUCAGGCCGAGCUGUUGCACUCUCCAGACUCGGAGAAGAUAUUGCUGGAGAAAUCAGUGGCAAAUGCAAGGAAUGCCCACAAUCAUAUCCAUUUCCUUGAGGACAAAGCGGGGAACCGUCUCACAGCAAUAGAGGAUAUCAAGAGCCAUGUCGUUGAAUAUUACAGCAAUCUGAUUGGCAAAACCGAUGACACAGUUGUUCCCCCUUCAACAUCAACUCUUCAAGACAUGCUGAGGUACUCUUGCUCUUCCAAUUUGCCUGAGUCACUAACCCGCUUCCCCUCUGCUGUGGAAAUUAAGCAGGUUUUGUUGUCAAUGUCGGACAACAAGGCACCGGGGCCAGACGGCUUUCCGAAGGAGUUCUUCCAAUCAACAUGGUCUAUUACCGGAGCUGACUUGAUCAGAUCAGUCUCUAGUUUCUUUGAAUCUGGGCAGUUGCUGGGACAAACCAAUGCCACAACAAUUGCAUUGAUACCAAAGAAGGCAGGAGCAUCGAAGCUAACGGAUUUCCGACCAAUUAGUUGCUGCAACACCGUUUAUAAGAUCAUCUCUACAUUGUUAGCAAAGCGACUUAAACCAAUAUUGCAGGAGAUCAUAGCACCUAACCAAACAGCAAUCUUAAAAGGACGACUGAUGAUGGAGAACAUCUUGCUGGCUACAGAAUUGAUCCGUGAAUACAACCGCAAAAACACUCCAGCUAGCGCUAUGGUAAAGAUUGACAUCAAGAAGGCCUUUGAUACCCUUUCAUGGGAGUUUUUGAUGCGAAUACUUCGGGCUAUGAAUCUACCGACUCGCUUUGUAAAUUGGAUCAAAGCUUGUGUCACAACUCCAAAGUUCUCGAUUGCCAUAAAUGGAGAGCUAGUCGGUUAUUUCAAAGGCAGAAGAGGGCUAAGACAAGGUGAUCCACUGUCACCUUACUUGUUUAUUCUAUCUAUGGAAGUGUUGUCUAGAAUGCUAGAUAAAGGAGCUGCGAGUGGUAGGUUCAGACUUCAUCCGAGGUGCUCCCAACCUACCAUAACACAUCUCUCUUUCGCCGACGAUGUGAAGAUCUUCAGCUCUGCCGACAAGACUUCCCUCCAGGAGGUCAUGAAUAUUCUGCAUGAUUUCAGUAAAUGUUCGGGGCUAGUAUUGAACCAGAGCAAAUCUGAAAUAUUUCUGGGUGGAGUAAGGGAAGAAGAGGCGAACACAUUAAUCGCAGCAAUAGGCAUCCGCAAGGGUUCAUUACCGGUCAAGUACCUAGGAGUGCCACUUAAUCCGUCUAAGCUACCGCGGGCUGAAUUUCAACCUUUGCUUGUGGACGGGUUAUGUGCGUCCUUCUUAUGGAAAGGCAAUCAAACUGCAACCGGGUCAUAUCGAGUCUCCUGGGAUACAAUAUGCUCGCCUAAGAAGGAAGGUGGUCUUGGGUUAAGGAAGCUUGCAGAUUAUACCACUGUCUUCAGGUUAAAACUUAUCUGGAUACUUUUCACUAAGUCUGGAUCCCUUUGGGCAGCUUGGACAAGGAGGAAUGUUUUCAAGGCAGGAUCUUUCUGGACAUGUAAGGUUAAUAAUAGAUGCUCUUGGAUUUUGAGAAAGUUGAUUCUAAUCCGAGAACAAGCUCGAAUGUUUCUUCGGAAAGAGGUCAGGGAUGGGAAGACAACCAACUUUUGGGAUGAUUGUUGGACAGAUUUAGGACCCUUCAUUACUCUUGCUGGAGACGAAGGACCCCGGCUACUUAGGAUCAAUCCUGCCUCCUCGGUUGCAAAUGCUGUUACGGAUGGGACUUGGCGCUUACCGGGUGCUAGAUCAGAAGCAAUUCAGAUGAUCCAGAUUAAAUUGGCAGCAACAGAACCACCGAAUGACUCAAAGGGACAUGAUGUUUCGCUUUGGAAGCAGGGUACAGAUGAUUAUAAGGCGAUGUUCUCCACAUCGCGAACAUGGGAACAAAUCCGACAGAGGACACCACAAGUGGAUUGGUUCAGGAUUUUCAAGCAAAAGUCCAGAACGAUCCAGGUUAUGCGAGCCAAGCUUGACCGCAACAUGCGCACGUUAUUGUUGUCCAUACAGUUAAAGAGCAACCCGACUUCAAGCAGUCUCCUAGAGGAUUAG